AGGGACCUUUCUGUUUACCAUUGUACCAAGUGCCACAGCAACAACAACCACCACCACUACCAACGGGGGUGACCUCUUCAACGGUACAACAGCUUACGCCAUCAACAGUACGACCCACAACAGCAAUAACACGACCCUCAUUGACGUCAUCAUCAUCAAUAACAUCAAUAACAGUAUGGGUGUUAUUGAUGACCGUUUGAACAGCUCGACGCCAAGAAUGGAAGUUGACCCCGAGAAAUUGGUCACAACCUUUUGGAUAUAUAUGGCUGUGAGGAUCACCUUUGGGUUGUUCCAGGGCAUGGGAUACACGCUGUACGAGGCGACUGUUAUGGUCCACGUACAGAAGACAGGGAUGGACUACGGCUUCCAGAGGGCGUGGGGGAUCGUGGCCGUGUUGAUCAGUUCCUUGGCGAGCGGCUUACUGGUUGAGGCUACCGGCAGCUUCAGUUUGAUCUUCUACCUGUCAGCUGGACUACAGAUAGUGUCAGCAGGUCUAAUGUUACGGCUGACGCUGGACUUCAAGCUCCCGACCUCCUCCCUGACCAAAGAAAUCCUCAAGCAUCUCUGUGAACCUGAGGCCAUCAUGCUCUUCCUGGCCAUGCUUGUGGCGGGUAUGAUGGGAGGUUACGCGGAGACGUAUAUGUACCGCUACCUGUACAACCUGGGGGGCAAUACCGUGUUGAUUAGCCUCACCGUGACCUUGGGGGCGCCCUUUGAGUGUUUCUUCAUGCUCGUCACUUCCUACUUCGUCAGUUUGAUAGGACACGCCCCCUUGAUCAUGAUUGGCCUGUUUGCCUACGUCAUCAGACUUCUGGGGAUGAGCUUCUUGAAGGACCCGUGGGUGGUACUGUUGCUGGAGAUUGUGGAGUCUAUGGCCAAUGGGUCACUCAACACCGUGGCCAUCCUCUACUGUACUGUACUCUUCUCCAUGGAGUCUAUUGCCUCCUGCCGGGGGCUCUUAGGAGUCAUGAACAAUGGUGUUGGAAGGCUGCUGGGUACAUUACUCGGGUCAAUAAUUCGUGAAGCCCUGGGAGACAGGGUCACCUUCAGGGUGCUAGCGGCCGGUGGCAUGGUCUUCUGCGUCUUAUACUGCCUCGCCUUCUGUCUCCUGAAGAGAUACAGGUAUAAGGCCUUCUCCGUGAAGACUUCCUCCCUGCCUGCACGUCAACAGGCCUCCAGACAGGGUGCUACUAAUCAUGCAUGUAAUGUUGAUGAGUAGGGCGUGGCAGGGCAUGGCAAGGGGCCCGGAGAGAGAAUAGUGAGAGGCCAGGCAGUACCUCCUCAGCACUUAAAAUGGUCUUCCAGCCAUAUAUAUAUAUUCCUGUGUUUACUGCAACAAGUUGAAAAGUAAAGUGUUAAAAUUAUUAACUCAAAAGAUUCCCAAAGUCAGCUGAUCACUGACUGGUCUGUAAUAAUCAGUUCUCCUCUAUUGGUUUUUGGUGAGCAGGUAUAAUCAACUACCUGUGUUCUAAAGUAUUAAUUUACAAUACUUACUGAUAAAAUAUCUUUGAUAUUUCUGUUCUUGUAUACAGUAUAAUUGCUUGUAUAUAUAUUACUUUGGUUCAACCAGAAUACAGUCAUCCUCUGUAUUUAGGAGUAAGUGCAUAAUAAUGCAGUACUCCUUCACUUGUAAUGCUGUAAUUUUGUUUGGUCCGAGAUACACCAAAGACUGCCAGUUACUGAGACCGUCCAAAGGAUGGCCCUUAACCUGGUGUUAGUACCUACACACCAAGAGAGGCUACAAUGCCUUCACCUUCCUAACAUACACUAUAGAAAGACAAGGGGUGAUUUAACAUAAUCUUACCACUUAUCAGCACCUUAAGAGGACAUUACUAACCCAAAUGUACGUAUAUGGAGUUAGCUGAUGGCUGACUUACUAUAGGACACAGUCUCCAGUUAAAGAAACCACUUCAGAUUAUAAUUGUUGUUAAUUUAGUUCACCGCCUUAAGUUAAAGAAGCUAUCAGUUCAAUUGCUACUGAUUAUUAUUUUAUUUAUUUUUAUUUACACAGUUACGUCUUUGGUUAUUGUUUUUGGUAUUUAAAUUAAUAGAAGUUUUAUUAUUA